CUUCAUGUGCAGAGUUUGCAUUUUCCAGCUGAGGACGAGGAAGGUAAACAAAGGGCAAAGGUUUGGACCUAUCACAGACGGUGACCAUAGGGAGCCACACGUUACAGGGCUGCUGAUUGGCUGAGGCGGGAGAGAAACCAGACGGUGCGAGAGGUGAAGCACUUCCCCCUCAGAAAGUUUCACCACUUCUUCAAAAAACAAGGAGCCUUUGACCCACAGAGAGAGAGAGAGUGUCUGUGAAUAUGCAACCUCACCUCCCAUGCUGGGAUCACUCCUCACCGGGGUCGUGUUGAACUGGAUGUACUGUCUGACCAACUGGACUUUUUAAUCUGCUGCAGGGGCCUGGCAGCCAGAGAAGAAGAAGAAGUCAGGGUGUGUCUUGCGCGGACAUAAAAACAAACACACAUAUCUUUUAUGGUGGUGUGAAGGUGACUUGGUUCGUUUCUUCCCGAGUGAAAGGACGGACAGAGAAAGUAGGCAGCACCAUGCAGGGGAACGGAGGAGUGUACGCAGUGAAGAGGAGGAGGAAGCCCGUCCAGAAAAAUGUGAAAACUCCACCGGUGAAGACCAAUCCGUCCAAACGCCACCGGGACCGUCUGAAUAUAGAGCUGGACCGACUGACCGGCAUGUUGCCUUUCUCUGAGGAGGUCAGAGGUCGCCUGGACAAACUGUCGGUGCUCCGGCUCAGUGUGGGAUACCUCAAGCUUCAGAGCUACUUUCACGCGGUGCUCUGGAAAAAUGCGAGGCCUGCUCCUCUCGUGCCUGCAAACGGCAGAAAUGGACAGACUGUGUCCCUGGAUGGAGUCGGUUUCUCAGAGGGAGAACUCCUGCUUCAGGCUCUGAACGGCUUCGUGCUGGUUGUGACGACUGAUGGCACGAUCUUCUACUCGUCCCCGACCAUCCGGGACUUCCUGGGCUUCCAUCAGUCGGAUGUCUUCCAUCAGAGUGUGUAUGAUCUCGUUCACGUGGAUGACAGAGAGACGUUCAAGUGUCAGCUCCACUUUGCCCUCAACCCCAGCAAAGCUGACGGAGACAUGAUAGCAGAGGGCGGACAGUCCAGCUCUCAGAACUUCUUGCCUCAGUACCUCCCUCCAGAGAACUCAUCUUUCCUGGAGAGAAACUUCUGCUGCCGCGUUCGCUGCCUCCUGGACAACACCUCUGGAUUCCUGGCUCUAAACUUCAGUGGGCGUCUCAAGUACCUGCACUUCCAGGGAAAUGUCGGGGCCGAUGGGACUGUGGUGCAUCCUCAGCUCGCUCUGUUCGCCAUCGCCACACCUCUGCAGUCCCCCUCGGUCAUGGAGAUCCGCACCAAGACCUUCAUCUUCCAGACCAAACACAGAAUGGACUUUGCUCCUAUGAGCAUUGACACAAGGGGGAAGCUGGUGUUGGGUUAUACGGAGGUAGAGUUGGUCACACCAAACUCUGGGUAUCAGUUCAUCCACGCUGCUGACAUGAUGUACUGUGCUGACAACCACCUCAAGAUGAUGAAAACCGGAGACAGUGGCUUCACGAUCUUCAGGCUGCUGACUAAAACAGGACAGUGGCUGUGGGUUCAGGCCCAGGCUCGGGUAGUCUUCAAGAAAGGGAGACCAGACUUUAUCAUCGCUCGGCAGAAAGCCCUCACAAAUGAAGAAGGAGAGGAACAAAUGCGCCAGAGAAGACAGCAGCUCCCGUUCAACCUCGCCACCGGUGAAGGUGUCCUGUACGACGUUUCUCUGGACCCCAUCUCCAUCCCUGGUUCUCCUGACACCGGCACAGCAGGAACCUCUGAGCCCACAGCGGAGAAACCUCUGGACCCAGCCUCGAUCCUGGGAUCCCUUCAUCGGCAGGACCGCUCUCUUUACACGCAGCCAGAGAAUCCCAGUCCCCAGCUCCCAUUCUUCUCCCAAACAGAGGACACUGAUUGCGAACAACCCCAGCCGUCCCUGGAACAAGCCUUUCUGGACAGCCACGCUCUGCUCAGUGUGCCGGGUGAGAACCAGGCUUUGCAGAAGAGGUCCAGCACAGCAGACCUCGCAUCAGAGGCCAUGAUUGAAUCUUUGGAGCAGAUUUUGGGAGAUAUCGGGGACGGAGGGAUCGAGGGCCUUGAGGUGGAGGAGACCGAGCUGAGGGAGUGGGAGAAAACCCUCAUCAGGAUGAAUAAAGAGAGGGAAGAUACAUCGAAUGAUCUGAAUCACAUCCUGGCUAAUGAUGUGUUCUCAUAUGUGGAGGAGGCUCUGAGGAGAGAGACUGGUGGACCCGCUGUCCAGGCUUCAGGUCAGAUUGGGUGUCCUGUGUCUGGCAUGAUCAGCAGUUUAUCCAUUCAAGGUGAGCAUCCUGGGUUGUCAAAUAUUGAGCCACAGUGGCAGCCAGUGACAGACAUGGAAUCUAAUCAGACUGGGUUUGAAGAAGAAGCUCGGUUGGGAAAUAUUCCUGGUGGUGUUGGAGGGUACAGACUGAAAAGUGCUUCACAAGCUGUUGUUCAGGGAACGACAAGCACACUAACACCCAGUCAGUGUCGAAUCACUCAGCAGGGACACUCCUCUUCUCUGUGGCCUCCAAUCAGCAGCAAUCACCACUGUGGCAAUGAGAUGAUGUCAACACAGACACAUUUGUCAUGGCUUCCAUCCACACAAAACACUAACACUAUUCACAGCAGACUUCAAUCUGGCUUGGAGGUGAUGGACCAAAGUGAGCACUAUUCUCUAAACCACUCCGGUUCACAGCAGACCUCCGUGGAGCUCCAGCCUCAGGACCCCGCAGAGUGGCAACAACAACGGCAGCUGUCGCAAAGUUUUCACAAUCGCACACUUUCACAUUCUUCACACGCACCAGGCAGCGUGAACUCAACAGCUCACCCACGAACACAGCGAUUAUCCGGCAGCUGCAUGUAUGAAAAAAGAGAAGGUCACAUACCAAACAGUGCAACUGUACUCAGCAGACCGAACGGGCCCCUCCUGGGACCCGUGUGCACCAGAGGAGCCACACAUGCUGCAGGGACCACCACAAACGCUUCGACCUUCACCCUGUCUCACCUCGGCAUCAACCAGGGGAUGAUGUCCGGUCCCAACACAGAUGUGGGCAACAUCAGCAUGGGUCACCUGAGUGGACACGAGGCACACGUAGGGACGCAUCGACCGGAGUAUCGCACUGAAAACGGAUCAUUACAGUCAUCAUUCUUCUGUUGGAACAGUGAAGCUCAGAUUCCCAAUGGUUCCCUGAACGGCGUUGUCGACCAGUUUGCCUUCCCCAUCAUUCCUGAUGGGACCAUCGACCUUUCCCAGAACACCGGGCUAUAGAGACGUCGGCCCCGCACUGAUAGAUGAGCAUCCAUCAGUGUCUCAGAGAGAAAUAUGGCGACGCCUGCGAGCUAGUUCUGGCAGGCAACUCGAGCUGCGCGGCGCCAAUCACGUGACAUACAUCACGUGACAUACACCACGUGACAUACAUCAUGUGACAUACCUCAAUCUCCACAACCAGCUAUAAUACACACCCACCUUAUCAGGUGGUCUAUUUAACCAGAGAGACAUUUCCCAUCAGCCCCUCUUUCUCGCACUGCUGCUGCAGUAUUGCUACCUGUUGCUUCAGCGUCUCAGUUGUUGACCAAGUGACCGUUGUUCCUCCGUGGGUCGUUGUCUCUCUCAAUCCGUGAUUCCUCCUCCGAAAAAGUUCGCAUUAUUUCCGUAAUUUCGGCUCGGUCCUUUAAGAUUCACUACGUGUGAAACGGACGUCAAGCGUCUGCACCACGACUCCCGCGGGCCUCUCAGCGCGCACCACAUCUUGGAGGAGCUGCGCACCCGAAGCGUUUAAUUCAUCCGGUCUGAGCCACGAGUUAGUUUCAACUACUUCUUGACUGAAGGCGGUUCCGCGAGGCCGAACAAACGCCGGUGGCAGCGUCACUGACGGCAGCUUCGCUGACGGAUUCUUCCCGGGACAUCUCUGCUCUACCAACUUCUCCCUCACCGCGGGAUGUUGUCCCUCGGAGGCAGAGGAAGCGCGCCUGGAUCCGCUGGGGCUUUCAUCCUGUCUCCUCUGCUGAAUGAAGUCUGCACUGAACGUUAUGAAUGAAACAAUUCAGUCUCGAAUCACACGCCAUCUUCCCUGCACGUGAUGUAAACAACGUUACCGGCUUGUGCUAUAGUACUUCCUGGUACGUCACUCCAGCAGGAUUAUGGGAGUUGUAGUCCAAUCUCCAGCCAUGGGUUUGAAGCUCCUGUCUCCUGACAACAGUACCUUUCCCAAAGGUAUCAAAUGCUGCAGGUAAAAUGUUUUGUUAUUCCUGAAAAUUCAAUUAUAUAAUAUAAUAUAUAUGUGGGUAGAGUGGUCUUCCUCCAACCAAAGGUUGGGGUUCAAUCUUGUGCAAGAUACUGAACCCUCAAAUGGGCCCUCAUAGAUGUUGAAUGCAAUAAUUGUAAAUAACUUGUAUAUAUGACUUUCUUAUGACUUCUGGCAUGCGAUGAUUUCGCAACGGACGUGCCAUGUGCUAUAUUUGUCCCAUUGCACAUGCCCGAGUUUCAGGGAUAGGAAGGGAGCGAGAUGGCUCACUCCUCAGCUACUUCCAUCAGCACCUCCGGUAAAACAAAGUUUAUUACAGCUGCGCGAAUAACACGCGCUAUGAGGUAACUAACGAAUGAUCGAAUAUUAAAUUCACGGGCAACUAUUUUGUCUUCGGAUUGUCGACUACAAUCUGGUGCACUUUGAGGAAGUAAAUAUGUCAGAAUCUACUGUUGGUGGUCAUAAUCUACUUGUGGUGUGAGAAACAGUUCAUAGACACACUGAGCAGUACCCGGGUUUUCCUUUCCGCAUAUUAACGUCUUGGCGAUGUCCGUCUCGGGAAACCUUCUUUGAAAAUUUCUGAACAUCUUUCAUUGGAUGUGAGAGAGUGGUGGUUUACUGUUGUGUCAAGACACCACAACACUUCUGUGCGCAGCGUUGUCGUAAGGCCUGCAUGAUUAUGGCCAAAAUCAUAAUUACGAUUAUUUAGAUCAAUAUUAAUAUCAUGAUUAUUAAUACAUCUUAGGAACAACAUCUUUUUUUUUAUAUAGCGUUUUUAUGUUUAAAUGCACAAGAACACUGCUUUCACUCCCAUGUUGUGCUACAUUCCAGCUAAUGUACACAUCUUUCAUUAGGUCCUGGGCAAUCGACUCUCCUGUCGGUUCUUAUGGGAAAAAUGACGUCUGUAAGCAUCGACUCUUCAUUGCAAAUUACAAUCGAUGCAGUGAAUUGUCAGGGACAUGUACGGCUCCAUUGUUGUGCUUGAUCAUUGCUCACAGUAUUUAUGGGACACCUGUCUUUGGCCAAAUGAAAUGCGAUCGCAUCCGUUAUUCCAGUGUGUCUUCGGGAAUGGGGAUGGAUACGCUAUAUGUUGACGUUGGACAUGGACGGAGAUUCAGGGAGGUAAUGUUAGCUUUGGCCUUGAUGCACUUGUUGUACUAUGGUUUGUGGGUUGUUUUUUUCAGGUGGUUAAACAAGGUAGUUGUAUUGCUAUGCGGCGCAAACACAACUCUAAACGCACUCUGGCAUGAUUUGUUCUUGGUUAUCAUCACUUGCCCUAAAUUCCAAAACUACCAAACAAUGGAUGAUAUCCUUUUCGAAGGACUUGCUCCUCGCCUUCUGCUCCUGAUAAUUGAUUUACCUUUCACACGACACCGUGACUGGCUACUCUCUGUCUCUACUCUUCUAAGAAAUACCGGAACUGGCUGCAGACAAAACGUUUGUUCUGGUUACCGCUGCAUGGUGCGUGCAUGACAACUCCCAUCUUGUUCUCCCUCUGGUGGUUAGCGUAUGUUAGUCGAAAAAGCGCUUGUAGCAAAUCACGCAUUUUAAAUGUCAAUAUUGCUGACGAUCAUGCAAUUCGAUUAAUUGUGCAGCCCUAGUUUUUGUGGCUCCCAUUGUCACUCUGAGGUCUGUAGAAGUUGAAGCAGAGGGAAAAAAAAUAAAUUGUUGCAUUUCAGGUGGUUUGCUGGACUUAGAGUGUUCAAUUCUGGGGUAUAGGUUGCCACGUGCCAAGUUCACAAUAUAUUCUCCUACAGCCAGGGCAGUUGGGGGGAACCUCACCAGGUAGUAUAUAUUCUCUCGCGACAAUGUGCCUACAGCGAAUGACCACACCACAGGGGUGCAUGGUAAGCAUCACAGUUUCACAGGUAGCAUAUUCUCCUGCAGGCAUGCGCCUAUGAAGAAUGCCUGCAGUGGCAGUGGCAUGGCACACAUAACAGGCUCACUAGGUAGCAUAUUCUCCAGCAGGCAUGCGCCUAUGGAGAAUGCCACACCGCAGUGGCAUGGAACACAUAACAGGCUCACUAGGUAGCAUAUUCUCCAGCAGGCAUGCGCCUAUGGAGAAUGCCACACCGCAGUGGCAUGGAACACAUAACAGGCUCACUAGGUAGCAUAUUCUCCUGCAGGCAUGCGCCUAUGGAGAAUGCCACACCGCAGUGGCAUGGAACACAUAACAGGCUCACUAGGUAGCAUAUUCUCCAGCAGGCAUGCGCCUAUGGAGAAUGCCACACCGCAGUGGCAUGGAACACAUAACAGGCUCACUAGGUAGCAUAUUCUCCAGCAGGCAUGCGCCUAUGGAGAAUGCCACACCGCAGUGGCAUGGAACACAUAACAGGCUCACUAGGUAGCAUAUUCUCCAGCAGGCAUGCGCCUAUGGAGAAUAGCCACACCGCAGUGGCAUGGAACACAUAACAGGCUCACUAGGUAGCAUAUUCUCCUGCAGGCAUGUGCCUAUGGAGAAUGCCACACUGCAGUGGCAUGGAACACAUAACAGGCUCACUAGGUAGCAUAUUCUCCUGCAGGCAUGGGCCUAUGGAGAAUAGCCACACUGCAGUGGCAUGGAACACAUAACAGGCUCACUAGGUAGCAUAUUCUCCUGCAGGCAUGGGCCUAUGGAGAAUAGCCACACUGCAGUGGCAUGGAACACAUAACAGGCUCACUAGGUAGCAUAUUCUCCUUCAGGCAUGGGCCUAUGGAGAAUAGCCACACCGCAGUGGCAUGGAACACAUAACAGGCUCACUAGGUAGCAUAUUCUCCUGCAGGCAUGGGCCUAUGGAGAAUAGCCACACUGCAGUGGCAUGGAACACAUAACAGGCUCACUAGGUAGCAUAUUCUCCUGCAGGCAUGGGCCUAUGGAGAAUAGCCACACUGCAGUGGCAUGGAACACAUAACAGGCUCAUUAGGUAGCAUUUUCUCUGGCAGGCAUGCGCCUAUUGAGAAUGGCCACACCGCGGCGGUGUAUGACACACACAUAGCAGAUACCGAUUCAUCCGUCAGGCUCCAAAUCUGUGCAGUGUUGGGGGGCUACAGUGUUAGCUCAUCACUCCCAUCAUUCCUGUGUUAGCAUAUGGGGAGUGAUUAAGUUGGAGCCUAGACGCCAAACACAAACCUGUUCUACUAUGAAUAAUAAAUAUCGUAAUAAAUAAGAUAAAUAAUCAAACGUAAGUUGUCUGACUGAAAUGGAGCGAAGCCAGCGAGCUAGUUCUGGCAGGCAACUCGAGCUGCGCUGCUUCAGUCAUGUGCCAUACAUCAGGUGACAUAAAUCAUGUGACAUAUAUCAGGUGACAUACUUCACUUGCAUGCUGCUACAAUAGAAAGCUAUGAAUCCUCAAUGAUGACAGUCUUACCUAACAUUUACCUUGGCUUUAUAUUUCCUUAUUACGGAAUUGUUGUCAAGGUGAGUCAGAGUAUACGAUAACGGAAGCAGUAUAAUAGGAAAUCUGACAAGGACGCUUAUUUUAAUCCUCUACAUGACCUUAUCCUCUCUAGUAUUAGAAGAACACAUGUUCACAACAAGUCUGAUAGAUCUUGUCGAGACUUCUGAAUUAUCAUUGCUAAGAAUAAUACUGCUUUCUGUUCUUUCUGCUCUAUGAUCAAACGCUUGCAUCCCUCUUCAACCCAUCUGACGACACCCUUGCCUACCAACAAUGGUCGAAAAUGCAUGACGAGAUCUCCUCAAAGCUUCGCCAUCCCUGCCAGAGCUGAGGCCUAACACCUGGAUGCUGUCCCCGCACUCACUAAGAUGUUGCACCACUAUGACUGCAACACUCCAUCAUCAAUGCUACUCAUGCUAUGUUGGACACCACAAGAAGGAAUAUUGACUCUCAAACAUCAUCUGCAGCCUUGAUGUUUUAAUGUGUAAUCUCCGCUGCAUAAAUCCUUUGUUGCAUGUCAGAUCUCGGGAUCCAUCACGUAUCCGCGUCCGGGGUAGUCACAGGCAUGUUUCGGCGCGCCUUUAUCCCCUCAAAUGGUGACGAUACAAUGCGAACGAUGCCAAGGGAUUCAUUGCACCCUUGCCAUGGCAUACAUCUGUUCCUGUCCAUCCUGGGAGAGGGAUCCCUCACAUGUGGCUCUCUCUGAGGUUUCUACUUUUUCCCCUGUUUAUGGGGGUUUUUUGGUAGUUUUUCCUUACUCUUGUCGAGGGUUAAGGACAGGAUGUCGCAUUUGUUAAGCCCGAUGAAACGAAUCAUGUUUUGGAUAUUGGCGAUACAAACAAACAUGUGAAUGAAUAAUUUGUAUGUGUUUUGCAGACUGAUUAUUUUAUUGCAUUUCAGGUGGUUUGCUGGGCUUAAAGGUGAAAUUCCGGUGCAUAUGUUGCCAUGUGCCAAGUUCACUAUAUUCCCGUAUAGGGAACCUCACCAGGUAGUAUAUUCCCCCGCAGACAAUUUGGCUACAGCGAAUGACCACGCCACGGCGGUGAAUGGCACACAUAACAGUUCACUAGGUAGCAUAUUCUCCUGCAGGCAAUGCGCCUAGGGAGAAUGGCCACACCGCGGCGGUGAAUGGCUCACAUAACAGGUUCACUAGUUAGCAUAUUUUCCUGCAGGCUAAUGCCCCUACGGAGAAUGGCCACACCGCGGCGGUGAAUGGCGCACACAUAGCAGAUACCGAUCCGUACGUCAGGCUCCGACUAUGUGCAGUUUUGGGGGGUUACAAGUAUUUGCUCAUCACUCCCAUCAUUCCUGUGUAAUCAUAUAGGGGAGUGAUUAAGUUGGAGCCUAGACGCCAAACACUAAAUCUGUUGUAAUAAAUAUAUUACAUGAUCAAACGUGAGUUGUCUGACAGAAAUAUGGCGACGCCUGCGAGCUAGUUCUGGCAGGCAACUCGAGCUGCGCGGCGCCAAUCACGUGACAUACAUCACGUGACAUACACCACGUGACAUACAUCAUGUGACAUACCUCAAUCUCCACAACCAGCUAUAAUACACACCCACCUUAUCAGGUGGUCUAUUUAACCAGAGAGACAUUUCCCAUCAGCCCCUCUUUCUCGCACUGCUGCUGCAGUAUUGCUACCUGUUGCUUCAGUCCCUCCACCACCCCAGCAUCCACCUGUAGGCCCAGCAUCCACCUGUAGGCUCCAAACGGGGGGUUACAAGUAUUUGCUCAUCACUCCCAUCAUUCCUGUGUAAUCAUAUAGGGGAGUGAUUAAGUUGGAGCCUAGACGCCAAACACUAAAUCUGUUGUAAUAAAUAUAUUACAUGAUCAAACGUGAGUUGUCUGACAGAACUUCUGAGAUCAUUCCUUCACUGAGAGGAAGAGAUGACUGCUGGAUCUGCUGUGGCUCACCAAUUAAUAUGGACCUUCUCAUUUCAAUCUAAGAAAACCUCUGCUGCACCACGGUGUUGUUCUCAUCAUGUAAGUGUCCCAUCGAAUAUUGACCUGACCAAUAAUUAGCUGUUUUACAUAAAUCCGGGAUGCAGCAGAAGUGUCCCGUCAGCAGAGAUGAAGCACGAACCAAUGGUUUUAUUUUAUAAGUUAAUCUAUCAGAAGCAGAUCUGUGAUUGAGGUGCUGUGUCACCGUGUCAAACCCAGGGCUGCAGGACUUGUUUUGGUGAAACAUGUGCAGCUGGGAAAGCGAGAACUGUUCUUGAUUGGUUGAACUGGAUCUUCCAUCAACACGCUACAGGCUGGAAGUGAGAGGGGAGGAAAACGCCACCUGUUCAACUGAUGAGUCAGAAAUAGACUUUGGUGGUUGGAGGAUGGAGAAUGAUAUCAUCUCAUCUCCAUCAUAUAUAACUUCUUGUAUCUAGUCUGCCUGAAGAAAUGAUUUGUGCGCAUUUACAAAUCAACAGAUGGUAUAGGAAACUGAAACCGUUCUAACUGAGUCGUACAAAGACGACCAUGAAAGGAAAAACUACAGCUCCCAUGAAAAUGAACUGCAGAUGUGACAGUACUCACAGUAAACGCUACAUUCAUGAAUAACACAAGUUACUCACAAAGUGCUGCGCUGUGGCUCCACAGUCUGCUGAAUUGUGAAAGUUUGUCGUUUAUUACAAGCCACUAAAACAGAAUAAAUAUAAGAAUUAUAUAAGCUAUGGUCCUUAAAAAAACAAAACAUCAGAACAGAGUGUCUGAAGUCCUGGUUGCACUUUGGCUCUCUAGAAAUCAGAGGAGAUUCAAUUCUUGUUCUUUGCUGCACUUUGCCUUCAGCACUUUGUCUCAUUGAACACAUGCAGUACUUAGUAUUUACUUCCAGCUCUAUAUUGUGCUCAAGCUUUAGUUUUGUCCACCAGUUAUAAGAUGCUCUGGCCAAAUGAGUAAAAUGUAACGUAAAUGAUAUCAUGAAUCCCCUUUUGUAGCUUUAAAAGCCAAGAAAAUGUUAUUUGCAUUAAUGUUGUGUGUUGUUUUUUCCCUCCAAAGAGAUUAUUUGGAUUUUGCUCAGCCAUGAAAUGAAAGAGUGCAAUGUGGAAAAAUGAAUCUUUACCCAAAGCUGACACAGCUUUGUUGGGAGCAAUUGUAACAGUCUGAGAGUUACAGUUCUAUGUAGACUCGUAUUAUCUGGCAAUUAAAAAAAACGAUUAUUUAACUUUGUAUUGAACAAGUAUGUAAGAAACAAAACACACACGAUGCUGUGUGAAAAUAUUGUGGAAGUCAUUUCACGAGAUCAUUUCUUGUUACUUCCCUGAAUCCUGUUGUUAAGGUUUUAAUAAGACCACCCGCUGAGCAAUAACAGGUUUAUGACACUAUCACCUAGUUGUAAGAAGGUGUAAGGACAUUUAGAAGUGUUUAUGAACUAAGGCAUUUGUCAACAUCAAUAAUAAUCCCAUGUUUAAACAGAUGUUGAUAUUAAUAAUACUAUUAAACAGAUAUUUUUUGUUAUUGAUAAGAAAGUAAAAACAGCAAUUAUCAUAUUAGAUGAUAUAUAUGACAGAUGAGGCAAAUCUUUCAGUGUUUUAUAGGACCACUGAUCCUGGGAUUUUGAGGUCACUCCUGAAAACAAUAUUAGAGAUUGUUUAACAAACCUGAUGAGGUCAUAUCAGCUGAUUGUAUUUCAUUUUUAACACAAACAUGUUUUUAUGUAAAUAUUUUGCAGUCAGCAGAAUAAACAUGUUAGUGCUCCCAGGAAUAUUUUUCAAAACCAUUGCAAUUUGUCAAUACUCACUGCAAUAAGUUGAUAUAUAUGGAUUUCUAUAGAUUAAUGAUAUAUGUGAAUACAUAAAAUACUUAUUAUUUAAUAUUCAUUAAAAACAUACGGGCAUAUUUAAUCAUAAUAACUGUUAUUUUGCCGUUCAGCUUUAUAUUUAUUCAGUAUCCAGUCACAGCUGCUUCAGAGGAUGAGUUAUAUAAUCUGUAAAAAUGUCUUAGUGACAUAAAAACAUGUGUUAUAGUGUAUUAUAAACAUGUACAACAUUUUGGGAAAGUUAAAAUAAAGUGUUAUCUUAGAAACACUUCAUUUAACCUCCAGUGAAGUCUUCAUAAGCAGCCUAUAUUCACCAGAUUAUACACAAAAUUUUUGUUCCCAUUAUUGAUUGCAAUUAUAGAAUUAAUUUAAACAUAAUUAGAGGCAUGCCAGCAUGUUGAGCUGCACAGUUAAUUCCCAACCUUUAACUGAGAAAGUGGAAUAAACAAAUGAAAAAAGAACUCAAAGUCCACUUGAGCUUCCAGUCGGAUCACAACGCUUACAACAGGAGAUGGAGUUUCCUCAGAGAGAGUAAGGAAAUGUGUUUUUAAAUAAAUGAAUGAAACAGUUAAUAAUUAUUCAUAGAAAAUUUGAGGACAUAUUUUAUAAUAUAUAAAUACCACUGUGUUAUACUAUAUUUUAACCAGUUACAGAUGCUUCACACAAAUAACAUUACAAGAAACAGCUACAUUGUAUUGUCAAUUUAAAGCAUUUAUUCGUUUUUUUACAAAUGCCAGACACUGAAAGAAAGAAGUGAUUGUCCAAGACAACCUGUUAGACUUUAUACUUUCUGUUGGAUUCUUGGCACUUUUGUAAUGUUUUCGUCUGGCAUUUUUAUUUUGGAGAUGUGGGAGAGAGACGGCAGAUCGAGUGCUAACUGUGAACAGAUUGAAAUUAGGCAGCGUGACUCAGAACUGUAAAAAGCUAUUGUAUAAUUUCACCUAAAAAAUCCUGUAUCAGCUGAAUCAACAUGGGCAUGUGGUUUUGUUUUGUCAAGUCCUGUUGAUAAAGUAAAUAUGCACCUGAAUACAUUUUGUUGUACUUGUAGAAGACUAUUAUUGCCAUAUUGUUCUGUGUCUGGAUAAUUAACGGUAAUGUUACCCUCUGUAUUCUUUGUGUGCAAAAUAUAACCACUGGGGACAAGUGUCAUUUAUUUUUGUCAUUAAAGAAUUGUAACCCCUCG